GCGGGCGAACAAGUAGAUUCAAUCAGCGUGCAGUUACAGACUGGUUCCAGCUACCAGCGGGGAAGCGAAAACUAUAACAUGAACAUGGCUUAUGUGAAGACAGUAACAGCCGGGGAAUGUUUUAGCAAUCAGUGUAAUUCCACAUUGGCUCUGCCGCCGGCCCACAAGCUGAGCACUUUGGCCCGAAUGGACAGUGAGAAGAGAGUCGGCAGCCAAGUGCGGAUGAUGAUGGAGAAUAAACGAAAUCAGCAAAAGUCUGUUAAAAAAGAAUUGUCAAAUGGUCAGUGGAACAUGAACCAAAGAGAGAUUUUUGAUGUUGGAAAUUCAUUUCGAAGUAUGGCCGUCAAGAGUCAAGGAACGCAGCGGCGUAAG